AUGUCGCAAUUCUGGCCCCACACCCCCUACGCCGAAGACCAACCCCACUCCACCGCCAUCCUGACCACGCACGUCCUCUACCGCGGUUUCCAAACCGGCGCCAUCGUCGGCCCCGUCGUGGGAGCGGCGCGCUCUUACGCCCUCCCCUUCAUCUUCCCAAAGACAUCCCUCGCGGCGCCGACGCCCCUCCUGCCCACGUUGCUCCGCGCGGCCGGUACGGGCGGCGUCUGGGGAGUGGGGGCGCUGGCCGUGACGUUGCCGGUCCGGAUGUGGGGGCGGGAGGACAUCGAGUGGAGGGAUCGGGCGUGGAGGUUGUUGGAGAAUAGGGGGCAGGUGGAGGUGGAUGAUUGGGGGUUGGUGGGCACGGCGCUGGGCGGGUUGGGGCUGCUGGUUGGGAGGGCGGGGGCGAGGGGUCUGUCGUGGAGGAUGGCGGUGGGGGGGUUGGGGAUGGGAAGUUCGGCCGGGGUGGUGGGGUAUAUGGUCUGGAGACAUGGCAUCAAUGGGGGGAAAUGGGAAGAGGCCGUGCCGGACAUCGAAGGGGUCACGACGUGA